AUGGGUGUUUUCCGUGUGCAUUCUUUGGUUGCUAAUCUGAAACAAAUGAUCAAACUACAUAACAAACACCAAUCAGAUGUUCCCAAAGGACAUUUGGCCGUGUACGUUGGAGAAAUCCAAAAGAAACGGUUUGUAGUGCCGUUAUCUUACUUAGACCAACCAUUGUUCCAAGAUUUGUUACGUAGGUCAGAAGAAGAAUACGGGUUCAACCAUCCAAUGGGAGGACUUACCAUUCCUUGCCAUGAAGAAGCCUUUGUGAACCUCACUGCUCAAUUGCAGUCGUAG